UACUCGUCUAUUUGACGGUGCACCUCUCAGCCUUUGGAUUGUCGGAAAAAGAAGAGAGAGCCCAUUCUCCAUCGGUGACGCGCUUCUCACGUCAGCGUUUGGACCGGCGCACGUGCCGAACCUUCUCUCGCACGCUGGCAACGCGGUUAUUAUGAUUUUCUUUCUUUUUGUCAUUUUGGGGAAAGUUUGUUUUUUCCUUCUCUUAUGGCGCUUUUUGUUUGCAUGGGAUGUGCUACCAUAUUUCAUAUUCCCAAAAGUGCCCUGCUCCACCAUAAUUUAAUAUUUUUUUUUAUAAUAUUUUGGUUUUUCAAUUAAAAUAAAUAAUUAAAAGUUAUUGAAAAACAUAAUUUUCAUAUAAUUAUAAUAUUUUUAUUUUAUACGAAAUGAGGGGGAGAAACGUGCGUAGAAUUUAGGAAGCGAAGAGGAGAUAGAAAAGGGCAAACUUUUUAGCCGUUAAAAGUUGAAGAGGAGAGCCGCGAAAAAGGAACUCAAAAUCCAAGGAGAGAUCACAUGCACACGGGCCAGACCUUUUAGAGGCCACGUGUAAGAAAAGCCAUGUCCACACCAUAGCCGGUUAACCAGUCAAGAACACCGUAUGAAAGCGUCGACCAGAGAAGUGGUCCAGUUGGCAUUAAUUGCCAACCGGCCUCCGUACGUACAUUAACCGACACUUGCCGGUCAAAAUCAAUUGUCUCCAGCCAACCUCCACCCCCAAAAUUAAAAAUAAAAUAAAAUAAACCCACCCCCAAAAUCCCUUCACACUCGUACCCCUAACCAAACAGUCCUUCUCUUUCUCUUUCUCUCUCUUUUUUCUUUUUUUUUUUCAAUACUACUACAAGCAACUACAAAUGAAGAAGAAUCUAUUCCUUUGGUGAGUAGAUGGAGGAGAAAGAGCAAGUGAAGACUGAGAAUUCGAUGGCUAAUUCAACAUUUUCCGAUCAGAUUCCGGCGAGUUGUGCUUUUUCUUCAAGCAUCUUUGACAUGCCAUGUGAAGUUGAAAAGGGCUCAUUAGGCUUCAUGGACCUGUUGGGCAUCCAAGACUACAGUCCUUCUCUAUUCGAUUUGCUUCAGCCUCCAUUGGCGCCGCACCCCCUCACUUCACCGGCUUCCUCAGCUCCGCCGGAGUCGUCGGAGGUUGUGAACGCUCCGGCCACCCCUAACUCCUCGUCGAUCUCUUCCUCGUCGACCGAAGCAGCGAAUGAUGAUCAGACUAAAGCGGCGGAGGAGGAAGAGCAAGAUCAGGAGAAGAAUAAGCAACAGUUGAAACCCAAAAAGAAGAACCAAAAGAGGCAGAGAGAGCCGAGAUUUGCGUUCAUCACCAAGAGCGAAGUUGAUCAUCUUGACGAUGGAUACAGAUGGAGGAAGUACGGCCAAAAAGCUGUGAAGAACAGCCCUUUUCCUAGGAGCUACUAUCGUUGCACCACUGCCGCCUGCGGAGUGAAAAAGAGGGUGGAGCGAUCCUCCGAUGAUCCCACCACUGUUGUUACUACCUAUGAAGGUCAGCACACUCAUCCCUGUCCAGUGAUGCCCCGUGGAAGUCUUGGGAUUCCGCCGGAAGCUGUCACCUUCAGUGCAGCUGCUGCUUCCUCAUUCGCCAUGCCACAGCCUCAGUAUCAGCAGCAGCAGCAACCCUAUUUCAAUAACUCUUCUCUUUCUUUGAACUUCAACCACAUGAAUUCCUCCUCCAUUAACCCCACUUUCCUCCAUGAGAGACGGCUCCGUCCUUCUCCAGCUUCUCUGCUGAGAGAUCAUGGACUUCUUGAGGACCUCCUGCCGUCCCAGAUGUUUAAGGAGCCUAAAGAGGAGUAGUAGAGAGAUUUUUUAUCUGUAUUACUGGUAUGUAAUUUCCCUUACUGACUCAUGGAGGUUGUCUUUGGAGACGAACCAACUUCACCAUUACAUGUGAACCUUGCUGAUUAUCACUGUAAAAUUACUAGCCUCAGCCUGUGAAGAACUACUUUCCUACUUUGUGGGUUUUUUUUGUGUGUUAUUCUUUGUAUCUAGAGUUUAAUUCAAUCAUGAAGACUUGGGUUUUGUAUCUUCUUUAUCAAUCAGUUAAUUAUCCCAUUUUUCUUCUUCCUCUUCA